UGUGUAGUGGGGGUAAAUAAAAAGCGGGAACAAGAGCCUUUUUUUUGCGCUGCCAUAUUUUAAACCGAGCGGGUUGGAAAACCAGUGAAAUAUUAGGAAUAAUUUGUCGGUUCUGCACUUAUUCGGCUUCUGCGCGGGAUUUAUUGUUUUUUUUAAAAAACAUUUAUAGGUGGCAAGUAAAUAGGAUCCUGAAGGAGCGUUUGAAAUGGCGGAUCAGGAACCGAGCGCUUCCACGUCCAGCAUCGCAGGCAGCACCGAGGGAACUGAUGUUGGUGUGGAAGCUAUGAAGUUACUUGGGGCUGGCAAAAGACACAUGGUAAUGGAAGACUUUGCAGCAGCUGUCAAUGCCUUUCAAGAUGCAUGCAGGCUGCUGAGUACUGCACAUGGAGAAAUAGCUGAUGAAUGUGGAGAAGCCUACUUCUGUUAUGGAAAAGCUCUUCUGGAGUUGGCAAGAAUGGAGAGGGGGGUGCUUGGCAAUGCCCUUCAAGGAGUUCCUGAUGAUGAUGAUGAUGAAGAUGAUGAAGAAGAAACAGCAACAACAGAGGACCCGAAAAUAGAAAAUACAGGGAAUGUGGAUGGUGCUUGUGCAGCAGAUGCUAGUGAAGGUGAUGAUGAAAAUGAAGACACUGCAGAAAAGGAUGGUGAAAGUGAAGAGGUUGACAAUUUGCAGUUAGCCUGGGAAAUGCUUGAAUUGGCAAAAGUCAUCUUCAAAAGACAAGAAACCAAAGAAAUACAACUCUGUGCGGCACAGGCUUACCUAAAGUUAGGUGAAGUGGGAAUAGAAUCUGAGAACUAUAUACAAGCUAUUGAGGAUUUCAACGAAUGCCUGAACAUUCAGGAAAAACACCUUGAUCCACAUAACCGACUGCUGGCAGAGACCCAUUACCAGCUGGGGCUGGCGUACAGUUUUAAUAAUCAACACGAUUUCUCUCUAAAGCAUUUCAAGGAGUCUUUCAGUGUUAUAGAGAAAAGGUUAGCUAUGUUAACAGAAAGGAUUGAAAAAGCAGAAGAGAGAGGCAAAUCUCCAGCAAAAGAUAGUGAUGCAGUUUCUGAAGAUAAGCAGGAAGUUGAAGAGCUUAAAGAGCUGUUGCCAGAAAUAAAGGCAAAAAUCGAGGAUGCAGAAGAAUCCAAAGAUGGGAAAGCAACCAAAGCGCUUCAGGAAACUUUGUCAAGAACACCUGCCUUUUCGGUGACAGAAAGUAUUGCAAUCAGUGCUCCAGCAUCAGCUAUGCAGGCUGGAAAAACAGAUGAACCACCUUCAUCAAGCUCAAAUUCUGUAUCUAACAUCUCUCAUUUAGUAAGGAAAAAGAGGAAACCAGAAGACUGUGAGAGGGACAAUAAGGAUCCUAAAAAAGCUAAGCAGGAGGAGUCUUCUGUGAAUGGUGGAUGUGGUGACGCCACCCAUGAUAGGAAUGGAGUUCCUGAGAAAAUGGAAUCAGAAGAAAUUGCUUCACCAAAGAAAUCUGAUCCAGAAGCUCAAAGUACUAGUUAAUAUUUAGAUAGCUGGCAUACUCUACCACAUACAGGACUGUUUUUGUAUAUAAUGUAUUUUUUUGAUUGGCUUUUUGAACUUUUUGUAACAUUGUGGAAAACUUCAAUAAAGAUGUCAUU